GAUUUUGCGACUCAUCGCGAGAAGCAAAAUGUCGACCUGCGCAAUGCCCCAGCCCCUCGCCCACCCAUCUGGCAUCAUAGUGGUUGGCACAGGUCUCGCGGGCCUCUCCACCGCAACGCAGUUAACAACGCACAAUGUCCCGGUUAUCCUCCUUGAGCGCGCUGAACGGCCGGGCGGGAAUAGCAUCAAAGCGUCAUCAGGGAUUAAUGGUGCUGGGACCAAGUUCCAGACUGUUCCCGAUAGCGCUGAGGAGUUUUAUGACGAUACGGUGCGCUCAGCCGGGAAACCCUUUGCAACGGCUGCAAAUGUAGAGAGAGAACGAAGGGAAAGACUCAUCCACACUGUUACAAGGAACUCAAAGGGUGCAGUCGAUUGGCUUUCUGACGAAAUAGGCGUGGACCUAAGCAAAGUCGCACAACUGGGUGGACACAGCAAACCGCGGACGCAUCGGGGAGAGAAGGGGAAACCGCCUGGGGCGGCAAUUAUUGGGUCAUUAUUGGACAAACUAAAGUCCAAUCCAUUCGUGGACAUGCGUAUGAAAUCCCGCGUGACAAAGGUGCUGAAGGAGGCGCAGGAAGUCGUCGGCGUUGAGUACAUCGAUAGCGACGAGAAGACCCAGAGUCUCCGGGGACCCGUUAUCUUUGCAAGUGGUGGCUUUGCAGGCGACGUGCGCGGCAUGGUCGCGCAGUAUCGCCCUGACCUGGCUGGGUUACCAUCAACGAACGAAGCAAGGGAAGGCUCGCAGCCACUCCUGGCUGAAGUCGGAGCGGGGUUGAUUGAUAUGGACCACAUCCAAAUUCAUCCGACGGGCUUCCUGGAUGCCAAAGACACGUCUGCGGCUGUAAAGUUUCUUGCGGCCGAGGCUUUACGUGGUGAAGGGGGUAUAUUGCUCCUCGACAAUGGAGCCCGUUUCGUCAACGAGCUGGAAACAAGGGAGCAUGUUACCGAUGCCAUUUUGAAGUCAGCUACAAAGCUGGAUACCGAUCUCCGGCAAUGGGACGUCACCCUCCUCCUCGAUGAAGGCGCCGCAUCUGCCCUUGACACGCACAUGCAGUUCUACCUGUGGAAGGGGCUCAUCCAGAAAACAACGCUCGGCGAGCUUGGAAAAUCCACGCUUGAAACUGUCCAGCAAUAUGCAGACAUAAUGGCAGGCAAGCAGCAAGACCCAUACGGCCGUACUGCGUUUGGGAACUGGACACUCUCUGAUCCUCAGCCGGAGUCGGUGGCAUAUGUGGGCAAGGUCACGCCCGUUUUGCACUUCACGAUGGGCGGUGUCCUCUUUAACGAACAGGGCCAGGUGCUUGACCAGACCUGGACUCCCAUCCGGGGCCUCUGGGCUGCGGGCGAGGUCACAGGUGGUCUGCAUGGGCAGAACCGGCUGGGUGGUUCCUCGCUGCUAGAGUGUGCGGUUUUUGGCCGCAUUGUUGGGGAUCAGGUAGCUGCGUUUUAUAACCAGCAUUAUGUUUCUGACAGUGGGCAUUGAGUGGCGAUAGAGUGCAGCUGCAGUGUAAUGAUGAAUUGAUAUGAUCGAAUCUAUAUAUCCUAAUGGGUUGAUACGAAUCCAACUGAAUCCCAUUGCUUUUGCCAG